AUGCUUCAGACGCCUGCCAUGUCUGACUCAAAGGGCUUAUUCUCAGAAUGCGCCUUCGCCUUCGUACCGAGCGUCCACUUGGCUCCCAAGGAGAUCAGCGACCUAGCAGAAAUCAUAAAGGGCCGUGGCGGCACUGUCCUAGACCCGAGGCGCGAUGGCUCACUCAGACUUGAGGCGGUUUCUCACAUCGUUUCCAACACCAUCGAUUUCCCCCAGUUCACCGAAACACAAGCCUUCAUGAUCCCCGUCGUCAACCCCGGUUGGAUCAAGGCAUCGAUCCAGAGGAAUAAGCAGGCCCAAGUGCGGCCCUUCUCCCCCGAUCCGCGCAUGUUCUUCUCCAAAGUCAUACUCACCUGCGCCGGUCUCCCUGUAAUCGAUAAGGAGACCAUCAUCGGUGCCACCUUGGCCAUGGGCGGUACGGAAACCGCCGACGUCACCCGACAGACCACCCACAUCUGCGCCUUGACCACGGAUGAUCCCAAGUGUGUCACCGCCAUAGAAAAGGGACUCAAGUGCAAGAUUGUUCUGCCUCACUGGUUCGAAGACUGCUUCAAGCUCGGCAAAAGAAUCGACGAAGGCCCCUACACGCUCCCCGACCCCGAAAUACUGCGUAGGUCUGAAACCCUGAGCGAGGUGCAAAUCCCUCAGUACGACCAUCUCCAGGGAGCGACCUCCACUACCCCCAAUCACCUCACCGACGCCCCCCGAAGGGCGGCCACUAUAUUCCGAGACAAGAAAGUCAUGCUUUCGUGGGACCUUAGUAUCACCCCACGAUCAGUAGAGGUUAUUAAGCAGCUUAUUGUGAACGGCGGAGGCAAAAUCGUGGACGACGUGGAAGCGUGCGACUACUUCGUCUGCCAAUACCGCGACGGCGAGCAGUAUGUCAAAGCUGCCCAGUCAGGCAAGGAUGUCGGAAAUCUGUCGUGGCUCUACCACCUCAUCACCCAUAACGAAUGGACGUCCCCUCUCCGUCGGCUCCUCCACUACCCGGUACCCCGAGACGGCAUCCCAGGCUUCCGAGAUCUCAAGAUCUGCCUCUCCAACUACGGUGGUGAUGCUCGCAUAUACCUGGAGAACUUGAUAAGAGCAUGCGGGGCGACGUACACCAAGACCAUGAAGGCAGAGAACACACAUCUCAUCACGGCACGGAACAGCAGUGAGAAGUACGAGGCAGCCAAGGACUGGAACAUCGAGACGGUCAACCACCUGUGGAUCGAAGAAAGCUACGCCAAAUGCGAGAUGCAGAGGGUCACCGUGCCCAAAUACUCUCACUUCCCGGUUCGCACGAAUCUGGGCGAGGUUAUCGGCCAGACCUUUUUCGACGAGUACUGUUUGCGAGAGACCUACUACCCCGGUGGCGAGGAGGGCAUGUCGCCGCGAGCGCAGAGGAAGCGCAAGAUCCUUGAGGCUGCACAGGAGAACUCGUACAACCACGGACCCGCAGAGGGCGUUGUCAUCGGCAGACAGGAGCAGAAGGGUGAGGAGACUGUGAUUGACGACAGCUUCAUGACGCCCAUCCGUCCCGGAAAAGGUGGUCGUGGUAAGGAGAACGAUGAUACCCCCUCGGUUGUUUCGACAGGCAGCCGAAGUGCAAAGAGCAAGGCUCUCAGCAACCUCCAGCGCAUAGCCCCAGACAUCGCUCUGUAUGAAAAGGAAAAGAAGCGAACCAAGGACGGCCACGGCCCGUGGGGUGGCAAGCGUGCUGCCGACCAGAUUGACAAGGAACGCGGACGCACGUCUAGCCCGGCGCAGGCCAUGGAUAUCGAUGACGAGGGCAAACGGCCCGCCAAGAAGAGAAGAUCUUCGCGCCCAGACGUUGAGAUGAGAGUCGUCUUGACUGGCUUCACGAGAUGGGUCAACGGCAAAUCCAAGGAGGACGCGGAAAGGAGAAAACUCCGCGACAUGGGAAUCUUGAUUGUGCAGGACAACCAGCCAUGCGACUAUCUCGCUGCCCCUCACAUGGUACGGACGGUCAAGUUCCUCAAGACGCUGGCCAAGGGGCCGACGAUUCUCUCAUCCGACUUUAUCGACGCCGCCCUUGACACGGGGGAGGUCCCGGAUCCCGACAAGUUCCUCUUGGACGACAAGGAGAAUGAGAAGAAGUUUGGCGUCACGAUUGAGACGGCGGUGUCGAGGGCAAGAGCCAACCUGGGCAAGCUCCUGUGGACCGUUCCCAUCUAUUGCACAGCCAACAUCUGCAACGGUCCCGAGAGUUACAAGGCCAUCGCCGAGGCGAACGGGGCCAUGUUCAAACUGUACCGCGCGCGCAGCGGCACGACGAUCAAGCCGACGACGGAGGAGGAAGACGGCGGCGCCCCGCCCGAGCCCGUCUAUCUCCUUAGUUCCAACAGCGCCGACGAGAGGUCCCUCUGGCCCAAGUUUGAGGAAAUGGCGCGCAAGGGCCACAUGGAGCCACGCAUCGUCGCGGCCGACUGGCUCUUGGACGUGGCCAUGACACAGCAGGUGUCGUUUGACGAGAAAUACCUUGCCAAGAACUUUUUCGAUAAGGACGUGUAG